GGAGGACGGGCGCUCGUCCCUCGUUAGGGGCGAUUGCGGGGGGUCGAAGCGGCGGCAGGAGGAUGGGUGGCAACGGAGCGGCGGGUCUUAGGGUUCAGCGGCCGCCGGGCACCGCGCGGGCAGUUUGUGAGUUGAGGGCUUGAGGCGCGGCUUCUGUGUGUGUGUGUGUGUGUGUGUGAGAGAGAGAGAGAGAGAGAGUCAGAGCCACAAGCAAUGGCCAAGGUGCAGGUGAACAAUGUGGUGGUGCUGGACAACCCGUCGCCUUUCUUCAACCCUUUCCAGUUCGAGAUCACCUUCGAGUGCAUCGAGGACCUGUCCGAGGAUUUGGAAUGGAAAAUCAUCUAUGUAGGUUCAGCUGAAAGUGAAGAAUAUGAUCAGGUUUUGGACUCUGUUCUUGUGGGCCCUGUUCCUGCUGGAAGACACAUGUUUGUUUUUCAGGCUGAUGCACCUAAUCCAUCCCUUAUUCCAGACGCAGAUGCAGUUGGCGUAACUGUUGUUUUAAUAACAUGCACAUACCGUGGUCAAGAAUUCAUCAGAGUUGGAUACUAUGUAAAUAAUGAAUACACAGAUCCAGAGCUGCGUGAAAAUCCCCCUGUGAAACCAGACUUCUCUAAGCUCCAGAGGAACAUCUUGGCUUCAAAUCCACGAGUUACAAGGUUUCAUAUCAACUGGGAUGACAAUGGUGAAAAAAUAGAAGAUUCUGAAAACACAAACUCAAACAUGCAUUCAGUUCUUUCUGCAAGUGCAUUACCAUCAGCCUCAAAAGGGCUAGUUGUGGCAGCAAACUCAUUAAAUGUAAUGGACAAUCAAAUGGACUGUAUGUGAUCUAUUGGACACAAAUAUGAAAACAAACUCAAAUAGCAUUUAGUUGUGUUCAAGAAUUUCAGUAAAACCUUGUGUAAUUACAGGUGUUACUGCCCUUAUAAAAAAGUUUUUUUUAAAUGGAGGUUGUAUAGAUAUUUGUAAAUAAAUUUAAAAUCUUUAAUGAGGGUAUUUGUUUUAGCUGAUCUUUUGUAAGCUGGGUUUUACCAGCAAAAACUAUCUUUUUAAUAUAUCAGCAUUUAACCUUUCAUUUGAAGCUAAGAUCAAACUACUUAAACUGCAAAAUAGUUAGCCUUGAUUCUAACUUUGGCAUAUAGAAUAUAACUGAAGAAAUAAGUGGAAACUCAAUAUAAAGAGAAAAAACAUGAUUUUGAUACUUAAAAGUUGGGCAGCCAACUUCGAAAUAGCCUGAUGCUUUCUACUGGGUUUGAAUUACAGCGCAAGACAAUUGUUUGGUUCUUAAACUCUUAAGUUAUCUGAACCGUUCAUUCUGUAAACCAAUUACUGUAAAAAUAAGUAAUUGGAAUGUUUCAGUUGCUUCAGUGUAAAGUAAAUGUAUGCAUAAAUAAAAUGAAUGAAUGGGCCACAUUUA